AUGACAAAAUUAACUGUAACUAAUAAGAAACCGCAGAAAAAUCAAUUAUACAAUAAUUCAAAGAACGCCAAUCAAGAUUUAUCAAUUAUUAUUAUUAUUAUAUAUCCUCAUCUUAUUCAACUUAAUUUUACUCUAGCUCAUGAUAAUUAUGUCGAAUUAUUUUUACUUCACACUAAACUAUAUUUACCAAAUAAUAUUCGUCUUGAUGCCAACUAUGAAUCUUUGAAAAUAGUAACACACAAUUUUGAAAGAGAUGCAACACGAAUCAACUGUGCUAAAGUUAAUUAUGUUAGCAUAGAUAAUGGUUUUCCAUAUCCUAAAAAUUUUAAAGACUAUUCUCUAUAUGUAUAUAUGCUUAGAUUACGUUGA